AGGGAGGAAGCGUCGCGGAUGACACGCACAAACCCACCCUGAGUCUGUCUAACACACGGAGGAGAGGAGGACAGCGAGGAAGACAGCGAGGAGGAGGAGAAAAGAAGAAGAAGAAGAAGAAGAGGAGGAGAAGAAGAAGAGAAGAAGAGGAGAAAUGCCCGCUGGACGGAUGGAUUUUAUUUUCCCCUGUGAGCUGCUGCACGAGCCUCUGUAAGACAACAUGGGCUGCAUAGGAUCCCGGACGAUCACAGCGGAUGCGGUGCCGGUACGGAAAGAUGGGGAUCAGCAUGGCCGUGCCGAGUUUUCCUGGGAAGGUAUCAAUUUGUCCAUGGAGGACACCACUUCCAUCCUGCCUCGUCUCAAGAGGAAGUCCGCCAACACCUAUGGGAUCGGUGCCCUGGCUAAGUCCUCUCUGACAGGUGUGUCAGGCGUGACUCGCUCCAUGAAGGACAAGGUGACCAAGCCCACGGCCAUGGCCCAGGGUCGCGUCGCCCACAUGAUAGAGUGGCAGAGCUGGGGGAAACCAUCUGCGGGGCCCAUGGGGGGCGCGGGACAUACCAACCUGCAGAGGGAAAAGGAGAGGAGGAUGGAGAACGACGCUUACAGCGACCUGAGCGACGGCGAGAAGGAGGCUCGCUUUGCUGCAGGCAUCAUGCAGCAGUUUGCGAUCUCAGAGGCGACUCUGUUUGGCUGGAACUCCAUGGACGGGGAGAGUAUGGGAGCCGGCUCCAACCAGGGCAGCGUCGCUCACCUGAGCGAAGUGAACCAGGAGAGCAUCACCAGCAGAGACCAGGUGCUCCAUCACUCCUCUGCAGACGUCUGGCCUCACACCUACGUCUCCCAGGGCCUGUACUGCCUGUCGUCCUCGGACGGCUGGGACCCGAUCACCAGCCAGCCUUCGGGCGUGGCCUCGCCUGCCGCCGGCUCCUACAUCAUGGGUGCUGGCGGCGGCAGCGGAGCAGGGGGUACCCCGGGUGAUGGGUACGAGGGGACGGUAGGAGGUUACCUACAACAGCACCAGGCGAGUCAGCUCUCCCUGCAGCAGCAUAAUCAACUCCAACAGCUCCAACACCUUCAUCACUACCAGCAGCAACAGUUUCUGCAGUACCAACAACAACAGACGAUGGAUCCCAGGCUACACAGUGCCUCCCAUUCCCUCCAAGCCACCCCCAACAGCACCAUCCACAGCCUGGGUCCUCCCACUCACCCUCGUCUGGCCGAUCUGUGGGGAGUAGCGCAGGUCGAGGCUCACCAGGUGGACAUCGUCGCGCAGCUGAAUGCACACAUGGCCGAAAUGGUGGGAGGUGGAGUGGUGGAGACGGUCGGAGAGGAGUCUGAAGGCAUCUUAGAGCAACAUGAGGAGGAAGAGGAGGAUCUAACGAAGGUAGAAGAGGUAACAUUAACCCUGGAGCCAGAGCCGUGCUCCCUGACACCGUCCCCGCUGAGGGAGGACGCCCCUUCGACCAGAGGCUCAAGCCCGGGUUUGGCGACGCAGAUCUCCGAGUCGGUCAGCGGGAGGAUACCGUUCGACGUCACGCCCUGCGUCGUCCAGUCUCUGGAGGAGAAAGACGAGGAGGCGGACGAGGGCUCCGUCGUCGUCGUCGCGACCAAUUGAACCGAGCGGUCGCGACAAGACGAACGAAAAAAAAUAAAUAAAUAAAUUUAAAAAGAAAACAGGAAAUAAAUACUCCAAUAAUCAAUCAAGCUAUUAUCCCAACCCCUCCCUCUCCCCAUCACAAAUAUUUACCUACUCUGAGGAACUUUUUCAGAUGGAAACGUGGGAUGUACACAAACUAAAUGCCAAGAAGCCCCUGGUGGAAUAUGACAUUUAAGACAAUGAACACAUGAGACUUCUUGAACACAGCGACCACUGAAUCAAACCGUGUGAGGAUGAGAUGGAUUAAUAAUAAAAAAAACGUUUGGACCAACUGGACCCAAAGAACCAGGACUGAGACACUCAACAACAAUAAAAAGAAGAAGAAGAGGAAGAAGAGGAGCAGACAAGAAAGAGAAGGGCCUAUUUAAAAAUUCAGUGCAAUACAACAAACACGGACACGAACGGGUUUUGCAAAGACUCCGGUGCUCGGGUUCGAGAAGCUGUUUCUAAAACCUAGAAAUGUCCGACGAACCUCAAACUUGAUGCACUCGGAGUUAUUUGCAAACCACACGAUGAUCUGGACACACAACCAAAAAGAAAGUGCAUGCUUUUUAACAGUGACCUAGCCCUAACCAGUAUAACACAGUAUACAAGGUAAUAAUAUAUCAAAUUGCUUUUUAUAAUAAAAAUAAAACAAAAUCCAAUAAA